AUGUCUGUGCAAUGGCGCCUUUCUCUGUCAGCCGAAAGCAUUCGGCGAAAGAAGGUCGCUCCUCCCAGCGCGAGCUGGAUCGAGCUCACCCUCAUCGUCGAUAAUCAGGACGCGGACGUCGCCAGCUGGGAAAAGGAAGUGGUCGCCGAAGAUGAGCACAUCCUCAAGAUCGCUUUCACUGCUGCCGCACCACCUAUCUCGCCGGCGUUUUUCUCGGGCCUUACACAAGCGGAAAUCGCCGCCGAGAUCCAACGCAUAAGAAGGAACGAGAAACGAGCAGAGAAAAUUGCCAAAGAAACCCCAUAUGAAAAGAAGAAGCGACAAUUCGAUCACAAUAAGUGGAGGAGGGACAGCGACGCAACUGAAACCCCAGAAGCGUGCAAAGCAAGACUGGCAAAGCAGGCAGCGUGGGCGAGAGAUCAUCUUGCCAAUGAAACUCUAGAGCACCGUGACGCCAGGCUAGAAACCAUGAAGAAAAGGUAUCGCGAGAGGGAAACUCCCGAAAAGCCGACCUGUUCCGUCAAAUUGAGAUACCACCUCUCUAGGGUCCUGGACUCAUCUCCUCCUCCUCUCUUUCCCAACGUAGCGGAGUCGCAAUGCAGGUUGGACUUCAAGCGCAAGGCCAGGUUGGCAUAUAACAAGGAGUAUAAGAAGAACCGCCUUGACGAUGAGACGCCAGAUGAACGGGAGGCUACCUAGGCUAGUAAGGAAGAGGGAGAUCGAUAGGAAGCUUAGGAUAACGAAACCCCGGAGCAACGCGCUGCAACAAAUGCGAAAAUAAAUCAGCGCCACAAGGAC